AUGGAGCCCAGAAACAAGCCUAUGAGGAAGUUCGGUAGUCGUCCACCUCCGGAAACUAACAAGAAACCUGGACUCGGUCUAAACGUGGAAAUUCACCGGGCACUUUUGUCAGAAAAUGUGAAUUUAAUCAAGCAUGGAGAUAAUCCUUAUUUGUCCCAUCAGGGGCCAGGCAGAAGUUUCGAAGACUCAAAAGUAGCGAAACGUUAUCGAAGGGGCCUGAAAUUCCAUGAGCCUGGAGUUUUGACGAAAGAAUUGGAGGAAAGAAGAGCUUUGGCAGCGCGACAGAAAGAGCUCAAGAAAAAGCAGGAAGAAAUUGAAAGAGCCAAGAUACGAGCGGGAGAGCUACCAGAUAAAUCAAUCGGAGAGCAGUUUUACCUGUUGAGGAAUGUACCGCAAGUCGAAUGGUGGGAUGCAGCUUAUUUGGCAGACUCGACAACAUGGACCAUAAAUGAUAAAUACCUGGGGGAGCAGAACAACUCAGACGAUGACGAAGAUGACGAUGAAGAUGACGAUGACGACAGCGAAGAAUCAAAACCUCCCACAAUUCGCUACGUUCAGCACCCUGUGCCUAUUCAACCACCCGAUUGGGUCCAAGAACCUGUGGUGCCCAGAAUCAGGCUUGCUAAGAGGGAGCAGAAAAAAAUACGUCGAAACCGUCGAAAAUUGUUGCGAGAAGAGCAUGAGGAAAAAGUUCGUCUUGGGUUAGAGCCUAAACCUGCACCAAAGGUCAAAUUGGCCAACAUGAUGAGUGUUUACCAAAACAGCGAAAAUAUCACUGAUCCUACCAGCUGGGAACAGACCGUGAGGUCUCAAGUUGACGAAAGACAUCGCGUACACGUUGAGACAAACAUAAGACGUCAUUUAGAGGCCGUAGAGCACAAGAAAGAAGCUGACUCUGGCAGUAGCGCUUCAACCACAGGCUCAGACCUGCAUUGCAAAGUGUUUCGGUUCUCGAGCUUGCGAAAUCCUAAAAUAAGAUUCAAGAUAGCGGCAAACAGCCGACAGCUCAAGAUGCGUGGGGUUUGUUUGAGGGUGGGUAAUGACGGUCCCGGAAUUCUAAUUGUUAUUGGGACGGAAAAAAAUUGUCGAUUUUACUCAAAGUUGGUACUGCAGCGACUCAAAUGGACUGAAGAUUUCACAGAUGACAACACAGGUCAGCUUGUUGAUUGUCGCAAUGAGAAAGUGGCGCUUGCAUGGGAGGGCGUGCUUAGGGAAACAAAUUUUCGCGGAUGGUUCAUGAAGGAAUGUACUUCGAAGGACGAAAUGAGAGAAGUUCUGUCGCAAUUGGGCUCGGAGUAUUUUUAUGGGCUUUUAGAAGUGUAG